CAUCCAACAUCCAUCCUAACCGUCUCGUUCUCUCCUCAGGUUGUGAAGUUUCUGACCUAUCAGGAGCCUCACAGCUCCGCCUACCAGCAGUUUGUCUCCAACCUCAAGAUGGACGCCAGGAACUGGUUUAACUACAGCAUGGACGACUCUCUGAUGAACAUCAUCGCCGCAGGGUUUUAUGACGGCCUCAUGAUUUACGCCCGCGCUCUGAAUGAAACUAUGGCGGCUUCGGGAGCCAGACCACCGGGGAGAAACAUCACCGCCAGGAUGUGGAACCGAAUCUUUACUGGUGUGGCAGGUCCGGUCCAGUUGGACGUGAACGGGGACCGGGAGAUGGACUAUGCUCUGUGGGACUGGGACUCCAACCGCAGCGCCUACUGGGUGGUUCUGACCUACAGCAGCUCUGAGCAGGACCUGACUAAGGUACCCGGGUCGGCCCGGUUCUGGCUGGGCGGAACCAGGCCUCUGGACGUUCCCUUCUGCGGCCUGAAGAACGACAACCCAAAGUGCCUCACAAGAACCAUCACUGUCCACCAGAUGGCAUCCAUCCUGGUCUGCUUCCUCAUCACCAUGACGACCGCUGUCGCCAUCUUCAUCUACAGGAGGCUGAGGCUGGAGCGGGAGCUGGUGGCUCAGCUGUGGCGAAUCUCAUGGGACGAUCUGCACAUGAGCAGCAUGGAGAAGGUUCUGCGGAGCGGCAGCCGGGUCACCCUGUCACUGAGAGGUUCCAACUACGGAUCCUUAAUGACCGGAGACGGAAACCUGCAGGUGUUCGCCAAGACCGGCUACUGCAAGGGGAACAUUGUGGCCAUCAAAUAUUCCAACAGGAAGCGGAUCGAGCUGAACAGGAAAGUUCUGUUUGAACUCAAACAUAUGAGGGACGUCCAGAACGAACACCUGACAAGGUUCAUCGGGGCGUGCAUUGACCCGCCGAACAUCUGCAUCGUCACCGAGUACUGUCCCCGAGGCAGCCUGCAGGACAUCCUGGAGAAUGACAGCAUCACCCUGGACUGGAUGUUCAAGUAUUCGCUCAUCAACGACAUUGUGAAGGGAAUGGUCUUCCUUCACAACAGCGUCAUCGUCUCUCACGGUAAACUCAAAUCGUCUAACUGCGUCGUGGACAAGCGCUUUGUCCUCAAGAUCACCGAUUACGGUCUGACCAGCUUCCGAUCUGACCCGGACUGCGUCAGUGACACUCACGCCUACUACGCCCAGAAGUUGUGGGUGGCUCCAGAGCUGCUCCGGAUGGAAUCUCCGCCUCUUCAGGGGACACAGAAAGGGGACGUGUACAGCUUUGGGAUCAUCCUGCAGGAGGUGGCGCUGCGCCGAGGAGCCUUCUACCUGGAGAGGGCACUGCUGAGUCCCAAAGAGAUCGUGGACCGGGUGAUUUUGGGCGAGUGGCCCUGCCUGCGGCCCACCGUCGACCCGGAGGACCACAGAGUGAGUCCGAGUCCCAACGAGUCCAAACCCGAGCUGGGCCAGCUGAUGCAGCGCUGCUGGGCCGAGGAGCCGACUGAGAGACCCGACUUCAACCACAUCCGCCUGCUGCUGCGCAAGCACGGCACAGAGUCCAGAAACAACAUCCUGGACAACCUGCUGUCCCGCAUGGAGCAAUACGCCAACAACCUGGAGGAGCUGGUGGAGGAACGCACCCAGGCCUACCAUGAGGAGAAACGCAAGGCUGAGGCCCUUCUCUACCAGAUACUGCCACACUCGGUGGCAGAGCAGUUGAAGCGUGGAGAGACAGUUCAAGCUGAAGCCUUUGACUCGGUCACAAUCUACUUCAGUGACAUCGUUGGUUUCACCGCCCUGUCUGCAGAAAGCUCCCCCAUGGAGGUCGUGACUCUCCUCAACGACCUGUACACCUGCUUUGAUGCCAUCAUUGACAACUUUGAUGUUUAUAAGGUGGAGACCAUCGGUGACGCCUACAUGGUGGUCUCUGGGCUGCCGGUGAGAAACGGGAAGCGGCACGGCAGGGAGAUCGCCCGCAUGGCGCUCGCCCUGCUGGCCGCCGUCCGAACCUUCAGGAUCCGCCACCGGCCGGAGCGGCAGCUGGAGCUGAGGAUCGGGAUUCACAGCGGUCCGGUGUGUGCCGGAGUGGUGGGUCUGAAGAUGCCACGCUACUGCCUGUUCGGGGACACCGUCAACACGUCUUCACGGAUGGAGUCCACCGGGGAAGCGCUGAAGAUUCACGUGUCGGCGGCGACCCGCGACGUCCUGAUGGAGUUCAACUGCUUCCAGCUGGAAAGCCGGGGGUCCGUCGACGUCAAGGGGAAGGGAACCAUGACCACCUAUUGGCUGCUGGGGGAGAGCAGCAGCCAAUGAGGAUGCAGCGCUGACGGAGGGGGCAGAGGAUGGAGGCGGUUUGGUUGCUUCCUGGUUCCGGUCAGAUCCAGAACUUCUGGAGAACCGGAGUCGGAUGGAUGGAGGAGAAACAUUCCCAGCACCCGAAGGAGGAAAACGGACCGGGACCUUUUUGCAGAGCCUGAUCAGGAAUCCACAUUUCCCUGACCUGGUUUCUCAUUCCAGCAGCACUUAGUCUUCCUGCUCUCCAUCAGAACUGACUCUGUUGGUUCUGAUGACCCGGAGUUUCAUGAAGGUGGAGCUCUCUCCCGCCUCCUGGUGGCCGCACGACAGAAAUGACCUGGGGACAGGCAGCCACAGGGGGCAGCACAGGGCUGGGCUAACCAGAUCAGAACCUGCUUGGCAGUUAUCCUUUAAAUAUUGGAUGCAUUUCAGACGGGUUCUGAUCCAGCAGGUCCAAAAGGUUCCUGCUGCGGUUCCGCCUGUUUCAGGAAGUUUAGAAUAAAUUGUGAAAAAAAUAAAAACAUGAAGAAAAUUUUAAAA